GUGAGGAGCGGGAAGAGGUGACAGUGGCAGAGGCCACAUUGGCCCCGGGCAGGCAGCACAGCACAGAUGAGGACACGGCAGCAGUGGCAGCAGUGACGUCCCCAGGGUGUCACCCCAGUGAGGGGCAGGAAGAGGUGACAGCAGCAAUGAUGUCCUCGGAGUGUCCCCCUGUUGGGCUUGAAGAGGAGGUGACAGUGGCAGUGACAUCGUCAGAGCGUCACCCCAGUGAGGAGGAGGUGACAGCAGCAGUGACGUCCCCGGGGUGUUCCCCCGUUGGGGAUGAGGAGGAGGAGGAGAAAAAGGUGGUGACGUCCCCAGGGUGCGUCCCUGUUGGGGACGAGGAGGAGGAGGUGACAGCGGCGGUGACAGCGGCAGCGGCCACAUCAGCCCUGGGCGGGCGGCGCGGGGCGGACGAGGAUGUGGCAGCCGCGGGCUGGCGGGCGCGGCGCAAACACGUGUUCGUGCUCAGCGAGGCCGGGAAGCCGAUCUACUCCCGGCACGGCAACGAGGAGGCGCUGGCAGCCACCAUGGGCGUCAUGAUGGCCCUCGUGUCCUUCAUCCAGAGCGGCGGCAACGCCAUCCGCGCCAUCUGCUCCGAGGACCGCACGCUGGUGUUCGAGCAGCGGGGCCCGCUGCUGCUGGUGUCGGUGUCCCGCACGCGGCAGUCGGCGGCGCAGCUGCGGCGGGAGCUGGCGUUCGUGCACGAGCAGAUCCUGUCGCUGCUGACGCGCGGGGGCAUCGCCCGCGUCUUCGCGCGGCGCCGCGGCUUCGACCUGCGCCGGCUGCUGGCAGGUGCCGAGGCCGUGCUGGACCGGCUGCUCUGCGGGGCCGCGGCGGACGGGCGGCUGCUCCUGGGGGCCGCUCGCUGCCUGCCCCUGCCCGGGGCUGCGCCGCGCCGUGUCCGGGGCCCUGCGCCGCGCCGCCGCCGCCGCCCGCCCGCGCCCGCCCUGGCCGUGCUGGCGGCCCACGGGCGCCUGGUGACGGCGGCGCGGCAGCGGGCGCUGGCCGAGGGCGGGCGGCUCUGUGCCAGCGACCUGCACCUGCUCCUCAACCUGCUGGGCGGCGGGGCGGGCGCGGGCGAGGUGUGGACCCCCGUGUGCCUGCCCCGCUUCAACCCCGACGGCUACUUCUACGCCUACGCGGCGCGGCUGGGCGAGGAGGAGGAGGAGGGCGUGACGCUGAUCCUGCUGUCCACGGCGGAGGGCUUCUACGCGGCGGCCGCGUGCCGGCGGCAGCUGGAGGACACGCUGCGGGCGCAGGGCUGGCUGGCGGAGCUCGGCGCGGCCGUGCGGGGGGGCGCGGGGUACGGCCCUUCCCGCGCUGGCGCCCCGGAGCUCCGGCACUUCCUCUACAAGCCCUUGGAGGGGCCCGAGGAGAUGCAGCAACUGCCUCAGUUCACCAGCCCCGAGCUGGAGGAGCCCUACACCAGCGAGGAGGAGCAGCACCGGCUCUUCGACCUGUACCACUACCUGCACAGCCGCGUGCACAGCCCCCACCGGCCCCUCCGCCUGCUCUACCACGUGGCCGAGAAGGAAACGCUCCUGGCCUGGGUGACCAGCAAAUUCGAGCUGUACAGCUGCUUCAGCCCACUGGUGACGAAGGCAGGAGCCAUCGCGGUGCUGACCAAGCUGCUGCGCUGGCUCAAGAAGGAGGAGGACUGGCUGUUCAUCCGCUACCCGGCACCGUUCUGCGCCGCGCCCGCGCGCCCCGACGGGGCCGAGCCCGAGGGCUGACAAUAAACACUGAGACCACA